UCCUUAUCGCUUGGAACAGCAGGUGCUGACUUACUUUCUGGGCUGUCCUUUGCAACUUGGGUACAAAAAUGCUUGGAACAUAUCUCAGAUGCUUCCAACAGAAGCACAGAAUACCCAGUUAUCCAAUUUGAAGGAAUGCUAUCAUCAUAUUCUGCAGAUUGCCAUGUACAUAGUACGUGGCAUCUCAUCAGAUAUUCGGAUUGUAAUCGCAGUGCUUAGCAAUCCUUACCCUUCCCGUGAUUUUGCCAAGUCCAGCUCCUUUGCGCAUGCACGAAUAUCUGCGGGAUACAGAUACACAGUUUCUGCUCCACAUUCAGUUAUACUAUACCGUCUCGCGUUCAGAAAGGAUGCUACUUCUAAAUAAAAACCGAGUGCUUUCUUUGGUCGUUAAUUUUAUUUUUCUUAUCAUUCUCAUUUCAUCGAGUGUCCAAGCGGACGAGAGAAACAUAAACAAGCUGCUGAACAACCAGGUGGUGGUCAGCCGCCAGAUUAUGUGCAUCCUGGGCAAGAGCGAAUGCGACCAACUGGGCCUUCAACUCAAAGCUGCCCUGCCAGAAGUUAUAACCAGAAAAUGCAGGAACUGCUCCCCACAACAGGCGCAAAAAGCCCAAAAGCUGACCACAUUUCUGCAAACUAGAUACCCGGACGUAUGGGCCAUGCUUCUGAGGAAGUACGACAGUGCCUAAAUGGCAUUUAAAUGUUAUUCUCAUGCAUCGAAUAUAAUAAACUAGUCUCGACAUCAUCCCUAGCAUUUGGUUUCGUAGCUUAGGGGAUUUUCUAGGGAUUAGGCGGCUGAAAGGAAUCCCUCCUUUAAAUAAAACAUGUCUUUGUACA